AUUUAAUGUCUCACUUAAGGUUGUGGAUAUGCCCAUUAUUCCAUUGGAACAGAUUUUCUACAUUAUCCCAAGCGUCACCAGCCACAAUCUGAAGAGCAAAUGUAAGAGCCUGGGAUUGUGAUGUCAGUGCAUUAGCAGAAGGAAGUAAUGCUUCCUGCAGGAAAGAUGGCAAUUUUGACCUUUUAGAAGCAAGUCAUGGUCUGACUGGAAGAUUAAAACAGAGCCAGCCAAACUGCAGUAAUAACACCAAUUGAUUCUGCAGGAGCAUCCUUCAAAGAGGGAUUAUGGCUCAUGGACUGCAGAUAAGAGAUGAGGAAAGUGGCUACAACAAAAAUCUGUUUUGCAUUCCUAAGCAUUAUGAAGAAGAUUUAGAAAGAGUCUUCAUUCCUCAUGGACUCAUCCUGGACAGGACAGAACGUUUGGCUAGAGAUAUCAUGCAAGACAUGGGAAGUCAUCACAUUGUUGCACUCUGUGUCCUUAAAGGAGGCUAUAAAUUCUUUGCUGAUUUGCUGGACCGUAUAAAAGCACUGAAUCAAAAUGGUGAUAAAUCUGUUCCUGUUACCGUGGAUUUUGUCAGAAUAAAAAGCUACUGUAAUGAUUCACCUGCAGAAAAAAUCAGUUUUGUUGGAGAGGAACUGUCUACACUAAAUGGGAAGGACAUUAUUGAGACUGGUAGAACAAUGAAAGCACUGCUUUCAAAAAUAAAAGACAAGAAACCAAGGAUGGUAAAAGUUGUAAGCCUGCUUGUUAAAAGGACAAGUCAGAGUCCAGGCUACAGACCAGACUAUACAGGCUUUGAAAUUCCAGAUAAAUUUGUGGUUGGAUAUGCUCUUGACUAUAAUGAAUACUUCAGAGAUUUAAAUCACAUCUGCAUUCUGAAAGAGAAUGCCAAAGAGAAAUACAGGAUGCGAUAACUUCAGUCUUCUGGAGCACUGAUUCCUGGCUGCAGAUUAGAUGACAAACAUUACACCAGGAUAUUACUCUUGCUACUUGAGUGUCCC